AUGAAACUCCGGUUGGUGGUGUUGUGGCUCAUAGUGGGUGGUCUUUAUGCGGCUCAUUGGGUGGCCAGUGCACCGGCUCUUCCUACGACACAAAUGAUCGACUUUAUGCGACGUUUUGGGUAUCUCGAACGAGGCAUGCCUCAAGCGGAAGCACUCUACAGCGGUGAGGCGAUUGUGAACGCGAUUAAACACGUGCAGAAGUUUGGUGCCUUACCCCAGACCGGUGUUCUGGAUCAGCGUACGAUCGAGCUGAUGUCAGCGCCACGAUGCGGCGUAGUCGACGUAAUGCAGCACGAUCAAUCAUCGCGCCACCGACGGUACGUGAUCGGAUCGGAAGGGUGGCGUAAGCGGCGCAUUACAUACUUCAUCGCGAACUGGUCCGCGAAGGUUGGCGAAGAAUCGGUGGCCAAGUUUAUGGCCAAAGCGUUCGGUGAAUGGAGCAAGUACAGCAAGCUAAGGUUUGUGCGCGUCUACGACCCAUCUGCGGACAUCAUCGUUGGCUUUGGGAGUGGCGCACAUGGCGACAAUUAUCCUUUCGAUGGUCCUGGUAACAUUCUGGCGCACGCGUACUACCCGUACGAGAUGAACGCGUACGGAGGUGAUGUGCACUUUGAUGAGGACGAAAAUUGGAAAGAGAACUCAACACAUCUCGGGGAGGGUGUGGACUUCUACUCGGUUGCUAUCCAUGAGUUGGGUCACUCGUUGGGAUUGGCUCAUUCACCCGUCUACUCGUCGCUUAUGUUCCCGUACUACAAGGGAAUUGCUCAGGGCACGCUCGACUACGACGACAUCCUGGCGAUGUACCAGCUUUACAUACAAAACCCUCACAUCACGGACGAUCCAGACUGGAUGUACACGACCGAAUCGGUGAUCUCCGUAGACGAGUUCUCCACUGUGACACCUGCACCCCGUCUGCCAGAUCUCGAAGCAGAAGAUCCCGAAAUUCCAACGCAAACGGAACCGACCCCAACCAGCACAACGACAGAAGUGUACGACAUGCCGAUCACGUUCGUCGGUGACUACGAAACGGUGGACGAUCACAUCAGGCGGCAUCAUUCGUCAACACCUCCCGAAGUGACACCGCAGCUUCCAGACUUUGGACCCGUGCCGGACAUCUGCAGUGGAAGCUUCGAUGCGAUCGGACUCCUGCGUGGUGAAAUGUUCAUCUUCAAGGGUGCGUACCUGUGGCGUCUGACGGAGAAGUACCGCAUCAAGGAUGGCUACCCGGUACGGAUCUGGCAGGUGUUCCGAGGUUUCCCAAAAACCGUCAGCCAUAUCGAUGCGGUGUACGAGCGUGAGGAUAACGGGAUCGUGCUGUUUUCCGGCCGAUUCUAUUGGGUGUUUGAUGCGCUUAACUUUCUCCAACCCGAGGUACGUCCUCUGACGGAUUACGGACUUCCGGAGGACCUAAAGCGUCUGGAUGCUGCGCUAGUUUGGCCUAAAAACAACAAGACGUACCUGUUUGCUGGAGAUCGCUUUUGGCGGUACAACGACACCGCGGGUGAGAUGGACGAAGGCUAUCCAUCAUCCAUGGAUCGGUGGUUUGGAAUUCCGAACAACAUCGACGCAGCCACGUCAGUCGCAAGUGGCAAAACGUACUUCUUCAAAGGAAACUACUACUGGCUGUUCAACAAUGAGCGAGUCCGCCCGGAACGAGGAUACCCGCGAAGGACGGGCAAUAUCUGGCUCGGGUGUCGAUAA